AUGAAAAUCGACUGGAAAGAGCUGUUUAUCGCACUUUUCAUGUUGAAGAGAGCAAGCACAACCCCCGAGAGCACGGGGGAAAAAGGCAGAAAAGGCACAUUCUCAAUUGGGGCUUUUAUGGCGCAAAUUAAGCAGAAAACAGCAGGCCCGUGCAUGCACAUAGAGAAGCAAGAAGGCCCGCAUCUCGCAAAAUCCCGACACGUUAUUAUAACUGCAGAGAAGGCAAGGCAGGCCUUGGAAGAGACAGACGAGAGUGGAGGCCUGGCUGUUUUGGUGUUUGAAGGCUUCAAUGCGAAUCAAACGACGCUGCACCGAAUGGGCAAGACCUCCCCGCAGCGCACAUACACGCUGAAGCCCCUGAGAAAGAGCAGCAGCUGGUUUUUGUGCGUUGGAAAGGCGCAGAAGGAAAAGGAGGAAGGAAAGUCCUCCGUUGCAGCGAAAAUAGUAGCAGGCCCCAUCGACCAAAAAUCCCAGAGAAAGAAGCCAGUUUGCGCUAUAUUGUGCCACAGAGGAAGAACUGAAGUCUUUUCGCACACUCUUGCAAGAGACAGCGAGUGCGGAGUGUGGGUCUUUGGGGAGGAUAAACCCGAGAAGCGCAGGAAGCUUCUGGACUUGAUUUUUCCCACGCCGAAAGAAUCCACGGAAAAGGAAAGCACUCAGCAGAGGACUGCCUCAGCAACUGUGCAGGCCCCUCUUACGUGCCGAACAAGGCGAAGGGAGUGGGAGGGGUUUAUGCCCAAAGACAUUUUAGACUACGAAACCAGGGCAGUCAUUGAAGACAGGUUUUUCCUGAUGAAUCUCAUCACUGAAAGCACUCCCCCGCAUUUGUACCAGUGCCUCAAUCAAAUAUGCAGAACCUCCAGCGCCCUAACUACAAAGCAAAAAAAGAGUACGUAG